GGCACUGAAGAGAGGAGAGAGACUGGGCCCUCUCACUGGUCGGAGCUUCUGGCCAUUUUGUCUGGGCCCCUCAGCCCUUGGGUGCCUGCCCCGUGGUGUGGAGACAUAGGAAGAUCAGCCACGAGGCUGACAGGCUGUCAUGGCGACAGGUGGGGACCCAGAGGAGGAGCAGGUAGUCCCAAGUGAAGAGGAUGAAGCCGACGUGCGGUCCGUGCAGGCCCGGUACCUCCGGAGCCCCUCCCCAAGCCAGUACUCACUGGUCUCAGACGCAGAAACAGAAAGCAUCUUCAUGGAGCCCAUUCACCUCUCCUCAGCUGUGGCAGCUAAACAGAUCAUCAAUGAAGAACUCAAGCCUCCGGGGCUCAGAGCCGAGGCAGAGUGUCCAGGCAUGCUGGAGUCUGCUGAGCAGUUGCUGGUGGAGGACCUGUACAACCGCGUCAGGGAGAAGAUGGACGACACCAGCCUGUACAACACACCCUGCGUCCUGGACCUACAGCGGGCCUUGGUCCAAGACCGCCAAGAGACACCCUGGAAUGAAGUGGAUGAGGUCUGGCCCAACGUCUUCAUAGCAGAGAAGAGUGUGGCUGUGAACAAGGGGAGGCUGAAGAGGCUGGGAAUCACCCACAUCCUGAAUGCUGCCCAUGGCACUGGCGUCUACACUGGGCCUGAAUUCUACACUGGCAUGGAGAUCCAGUACCUGGGUGUGGAGGUGGAUGACUUCCCCGAGGUGGACAUCUCCCAGCAUUUCCGGAGGGCUGCCGAGUUCCUCGAUGAGGCCCUGCUGACCUAUAGAGGGAAAGUCCUGGUCAGUAGUGAAAUGGGCAUCAGCCGGUCAGCAGCGCUGGUGGUGGCCUACCUGAUGAUCUUCCACCACAUGGCCAUCCUGGAGGCCUUGAUGACUGUGCGUAAGAAACGGGCCAUCUGCCCCAACGAUGGCUUCCUGAAGCAGCUCCGGGAGCUCAACGAGAAGUUGAUGGAGGAGAGAGAAGAGGAGGAGGGUGCAGACGAGGCUGAGGAGGGUGAGGAUGUGGGGAGCACUGUCGGGGCCAGAGUACAUGCUCUCACAGUGGAGGAGGAGGAUGACACCACCAGCCACCUGAGUGGCUCCUCCUUGGGGAAGGCCAGCCAGGUCUCUAAGCCCCUCACCCUCAUUGAUGAAGACGAGGAGGAGAAACUAUAUGAGGAGUGGAAGAAGAGGCAGGGCCUCCCUACAGGCAAGGUCCCCCAGGGUGGAGAGGGCAGGCGCUCAGCCUCCUCUGGCCAGGGUGGGGAGGAGCCCGAGGAUGAGGAUGUGGAGAGGAUCAUCCGGGAGUGGCAGAGCCGAAAUGAGAGGUACCAGGCAGAAGGGCACCGGAGUUGGAGUAGGGAGGAGGAAGUAGAGGAGGAGAGCAAUGCUGGCUCCUUUGUGGGAAGAAGACGGAGGCACACCCUGAGCGAGAGCAGCACCUCAGAGAGUGUAACCAGCCGUGACAUACGCAUCCUGAAGCAGCAGCUGGAGAUGAGCAGCCAGAACCAAGGUGGGAGACGCCGCUCUGACUCUGUGUCCACAGACAGCACCUGGGACAUGUGGAACCAGAGGCUGCUGGAGAUUGAGAAGGAAGCUUCCCGGAGGUACCACUCCAGGAGCAAGAGAGAGGAGGUGGACACAAGCUCAGAGGUGGGGAGCAGGGUGCGAGAGGAUGAUGAGGACAGUGUGUCCUCUGAGGCCAGCUCCUUCUAUAACUUCUGCCACAGGAACAAGGACAAACUCACUGCCCUAGAAAGGUGGAAGAUCAAGAGAAUCCAAUUUGGAUUUCACAAGAAAGACUCAGAGGCAGGAGACAGCAGCAGUGAGCAAGGUGCAGAGGAGGCAGAAGGGGAGAAGAACCUCUCUGACGCCAGCCUGACGGCCUACCAGACCUGGAAGCUGAAACACCAGAAGAAGGUGGGCAGUGAGAACAAGGAGGAGGUGGUGGAGCUCAGCAAGGGAGAGGACACGGCCUCAGCCAAGAAGAGGCAACGACGGCUGGAGCUGCUGGAGAGAAGCAGGCAGACACUGGAGGAGAGCCAGUCCAUGGCAAGCUGGGAGGCAGACAGCUCAGCUGCCAGCAGGAGCAUCCCCCUGUCUGCAUUCUGGUCUGCAGCCCCCUCGGUCAGUGCUGAUGGGGACACAGCAUCAGUACUCAGCGCCCAGAGCCACAGCUCCCACCCAUCUCAGGCCGUAAGCAACGAGAGGGGAUGCAUGGCCUCCAACCCCACCACACCACUGCCUAACCUGCCAGUGGGGCCUGGAGACACAAUUUCCAUUGCCAGUAUCCAGAACUGGAUUGCCAAUGUAGUCAGCGAAACUCUUGCCCAGAAGCAAAAUGAAUUGCUGUUGUUGUCCUGCUCGCCAUCCGUUGCAAGCAUAAAGGUAGCACCAGCAGUGGGCUGCCUGGGGGAUGACCAAGUCUCCAUGCUCAGUGGACAGAGCAGCUCCUCCCUGGGCAGCUGCCUGCUGCCUCAAAGCCAGCCAAGAGCCAGCUCUGACACACACUCCGUGCUGUCCUCCCACACUGCGCUGAGCUCGAGGACCGAAGGUACUGGGAGCAAAGUGAAGGGGACCAGCAAGCCUAUCUAUAGCCUCUUUGCUGACGAUAUUGACCUAAAGGAACUUGGCAGGAAGGAGCGGGAGAUGCAGAUGGAGCUGAGGGAGAAGAUGUCUGAGUACAAAAUGGAGAAGCUGGCCUCUGACAACAAACGCAGCUCCCUUUUCAAGAAGAAGAAGGUCAGGGAAGAAGAGGAUGAUGACGUGGGUGAUAGGGACGAGGACACUGACAGCGCCAUAGGGAGCUUCCAACAUUCUUCCGGCAGUAAUUCCCAAAAGCCUGAAACAGACACCUCCUCCUCCCUGGCUGUCUCUGAUGGCUAUGCAAGUGGCAGCAGAGCUGGCAAAGAGAUGGAUAGCAGUAUUAACAGGUGGCUUAGUGGCCUCAGGACAGAGGACAAAUCUCCUCCCCAAAGUGAUUGGUCUGGAAGCUCCCGGGGGAGGUACACCAGAUCUUCCCUGCUCCGGGAGACGGAGUCUAAAUCUUGCAGUUACAAGUUCUCCAAAUCCCGGUCAGAGGAACAGGACACCUCCUCCUACCACGAGGCCAAUGGCGGCUCUGCAAGAAGCACCUCCCGGUUCUCUUCUUCCUCCACCAGAGAGGGGAGAGAGAUGCACAAGUUCUCCAGGUCGAAGUUCAGUGAGACCUCAAGCUCCCGAGAGGAAAGCCCGGAGCCCUACUUCUUCCGCCGGAGCCCUGAGCCCUCGGAAGGGGAAGAGUCCCCGGAACCACGGCGUCCGAAUUGGGCCAGGCCCAGGGAUUGGGAAGAUGUGGAAGAGUCGUCCAAGUCAGACUUUUCCGAAUUUGGAGCCAAGAGGAAAUUCACCCAGAGCUUCAUGAGGUCUGAAGAGGAGGGAGAGAAAGAGAGGACGGAAAACAGAGAAGAAGGGAGGUUUGCUUCAGGGCGGCGGUCCCAGUAUCGGAGAAGCACUGACAGGGAGGAAGAGGAAGAAAUGGACGAUGAAGCCAUCAUUGCUGCCUGGAGACGCCGGCAGGAAGAAACCAGGACUAAGCUGCAGAGAAGGAGGGAGGAUUAAGCUGGGUCAGGUGGGCCUGGGCGAGACUGAGAACAAAGGAAGGAGCCAUACAGCCCAGCACACGGCUCAGGGCACACAUUGCCACUGCCCUUCGAGGGACAGGGAUGUGGAAAGGGUCAUCCAGAAGGGCAGAGCUGAAAUGAGGGGUAGCAGGUAGAAGGGCACUGGAAGUAGGGUAGGGAGGAGGCCGUGGAGGAGAGCCAUCCAUGUGAGGUCUGCCUGUGGACUAGCUGACACGGUUUUCUGUUGCCCCACGUCCCCUAAGCUCUGGUGCUUCACUUGUGUAUUUGAAAGCGUUCACCGCGCCCGGAGAGGUGAGCUUGCAAAGGCGCUAGAGCUUGUCCGAGACUCCAGCUCACCUGCAGGGAGGCUGGGAACACAGGCCAUGGUGCUGUCUGUAGCAGUGUCAUAAUGAAACCCAGGAAAUCUAUCCUGUGGCAAGUCUCACCUCUCCUGGCAAUGCUUGGUUCUGGUUGUUUCUUUGUAAUGCUUGGAUCUCCAUUAAACUGGUAUGUUGUCAACU